GUUAUAAUAACUUUGUGCUUUUGAGGAAUCUACGCUUAAAGGAUUUUAAGUUGACUUUAAAAGGAGAAACUGAAAUCGCGAAAGUAUCCAGUAUAGUAUUCAUUAAUUGAUGCAUAAUUGUCUUAGAUCAUAUCGCAUCUUGAAAUUCUUAUUAUAUGCCUGUGGAAUGGGAUCCACAAAUUCCACGCUAAAGUUUUCAAAGUCUGAGGUAUUUCAAGAAGGAGGAAGAGAUCUUGCUUCUCAAACGAGUAAGAGGAGGGUCACAGCUGUUAGCUUGUUCAUGGUGGGUGAUGUUAUGUUAGGGCGAGGGAUUGACAUGAUCCUAGAACAUUCUAACAACCCCAUACUCUAUGAGAGUAAUGGGUUGGAUGCAAGGGACUAUGUCAGUUUAGCUGAAAGACAGACAGGACCACUUCCAGAUAAGAGCGAGCGGCCUGUAGACUAUGUAUGGGGAGAUGCUAUACAAAUAUUGAAGGAGAAGAUGCCAGACUUGAGGAUCAUCAACUUGGAAACUUCAGUGACUACAAGUGACACACAAUGGCCUAUGAAAGGAAUCCACUAUCGCAUGCACCCUGGAAAUGUAAAUGUUAUUCAGUCAGCAAAUAUCGACUGUUGCAUUCUGGCAAAUAAUCAUAUAGCAGACUGGGGAUUUCCUGGUCUUCUCGAAACCAUGAAUACUCUCGAAAAUAGUGGCAUUAAAUUUGCUGGAGCUGGACGGAAUUCUUUGGAAGCAAAAGCUCCAGCUGUUUUUCAUAUUGGUAAUAAGGGUGUAAGAGUGUUAGUGUUUGCUGCUGGUCACUCCUCAAGUGGAGUCCCUGACUCCUGGCGGGUAAGGAAAGAUAAGGAAGGAGUUAACAUCGUUGACUUCUAUCAAGCUAGCAAGUCAGUUAAUGAACUUAAAAAUCUAAUUGAAAAGCACAAACAGGAUGGUGACAUUAUUGUGUUGUCAAUUCAUUGGGGAGGAAACUGGGGUUGGAAUGUUGAGUCUUCUUUUGUAAAGUUUGCACACAAAGCAAUUGAUGAGGCAGGUGUGCAUGUCAUUCAUGGCCAUUCAUCGCAUCACGUGAAAGGUAUAGAGGUUCACAAUGGCAGACUUAUUGUUUAUGGUUGUGGUGACUUUUUAAAUGACUAUGAGGGUAUCACAGGUCAUGAAGGGUAUCGUGGGGAUCUUGCUUUGAUGUACUUUGUUGAUGUUUGUCCAGACACAGGCCUGUUGGCUGGCCUCAGAAUGGUGCCAACACAGACAAAACAUUUGCGAGUUAACAAGGCCAAAGAGGAGGGUGUGAAGUGGCUUGUGGAAACAAUGUCAAGAGAAUGUAAGAGGUUUGGUUGUGAUGUGAGAAGAGUUGACAACGAGAUUCAUCUGGUGUUUUGAGUUUUACUCAUAUCAUCAAUUUGAAAAGCAAUUGAGAAUUUUACAAUGUAAUCUAAAGCAUGUGAAAGAAAUGUAGCAAGUCUUUACUCAAGCAUAGCAUAGUGGCCUAUCCAGCCAGAACCUAUCUCGGUUUCCAUAGCAGGAAACAACUAAGAGUCAGUAUAACUACCUCCCCCCUGGAUGGGAUGCUAUUCCACUGCAAGGUUACCCUCCCACAUUUCAUCAGGCUUCCCUGACUGGUACAUAUUCAUACUCAUGGGGGGGAGGGGGGGAAGAGGCACUGUGAGAGUAAAAUGUCCAGGUGUCCUGCCCAAGAAAACAACACAUUGAUCCGGCUAGGUCUUGAACCUGGACCUCUUCACCCAGAGUCCCGAGUGCUUUGAUAAUCAGGCCACUGCAUCUCCUAAAGAAAUUGGGACCUUAAAAGCAGUCAGGAUGGCAAUGCCAAGGAAGACCUCAAUUAGAAAAUGAAUUUCCAUUUUUAAUUACAAUUUCGAAAAUGGCUGUAUGUGUUUACCGUCUCAUACGGCGCCACACCUCAACCUCAACAUUACGUAUAAAUUCAAGUAACAUUGAGUUCCAAAUGGAAAUUAAAAUAAUUUGCCAUCGCAGUUUUGGUUAGCAGACGACACAAACUUUGGUGAUUUUGYGUUAUUGUUUUGCAAAGGACAGCUAAGAAAUAUACUAAGUUUUAAAAUGCACGUGCGGAGCUAUUGUUCUCCCAAUUACAUCUUUUGUUUUUCCACGUCCUCAUUCCUGUCACUGUUAUGGUUCUCGUAAGGUCCUUAAUAAAGAAAUGUAGGCUGCAGUAAAGCUCUGCAAGUAAUGCUUCCCGUUAUGCUUGGAAUUAAGUUGCCUUUCUCUUUGAAAGCUUUGUAUUUAUAUUAUUUCAUUUGAGAUGACGGCUUUGGAGGAUUUUAGCUUUGGAGACAAUCCUUUUUUUGUGAUCUGCAAGGAACAGUUAAAUCUCAUGAUUCAUUUCAGUAGGUCACCGCUAACAGUGUAUUAAUACUUCUUGUAUCAUGAUCUUAAAAAAUUGAUAUUGAUUUUUUUUUAAAUGAAAGUAACUCUCACUUGCAAAACUGUUAGUUUAACAUCAUAACAAUUGAGAAUUAGAAUGUUCCAUGUUACUGAACAUAUCAGCCCAUGCCAGUGUGCUGACUUUAACUUACUGUCAUCAGAGACCCUACACCACAGGUAGCCCAAGCUUCCGCAUUGUGUCUUUUAUUAUCAGAUUCAAGGUUUGAAUGUUUUCAUUUAUUUGCCAUGAAUUCUUGGUUGAAUUGUUUUCUUGACUAUUCAAAAUAUUCUAGCUAUUGAAGAGUGGAGGAAAAGGAUUUAAUUAAGUGGCCUUUAAAGCUGUUACAAGUGAAUAUCUGGGAUAAAGUUUCAAACACUAUCUGUUAUACUUUGUGACUUAUUUUGGUCAAUAAAUCAUGGACUUUUCUUUA